ACCCAUUUAUGGCAGUCUCAAAAUUUCUGACUUUCCCGGAGUGGUGAAGCUGAUAUCCUCGCUCCUUGAUGCCAAGAACCAGCAAGAUUCCAUGCCAAACUGUGUAUCUGAAAACAAUAGAAGGAAUGUUAACAGUAGACGUCAGUCAAUCCGCACUCAUAUAUAUGAAUCUAAUUUGACGCGGCGGAUGUUGUUACCCUUGCUGGGCAUGUCAAUUCUUCAGAGGCUUGCUUGUGAUCCAGAUAAUUGCCAAGAAAUUGCCCAUGACGCCACACAUAUCACCACAAAGACCAUAGGGUUUAUCAGCUAUGUCAUCGACGAGAAAAACAGUCUUGUGCUACGUUCACCUUUGAAUUUUGUGAGGCGGCUUGCAAUCGAUCAUGGGAAAAUUGGUGCAAGGUUUCGCCAAGAGCUAUCAAAGAACCCAUUCUUACUGAACAGUCUUGGACGUAUAAUGGACGGGGACUGCCAACCGGAGCUAUGGGCGCCGGUGGUGGAUAUCAUAACAGCGCUGGCCUUGGAAGAGGCUGCAAGGCAGGAGAUUGGGAGCACCCAAUCCAUCAUUCCCAAAUUGAUGCAUGCAUUUGUUAGGCCAGAUGAUGUAAAUAAUCCCAGCAAUGAUCGUUCACUGCGAAAGGCUGCAGGGAAAGCACUGGCAAAUCUUACAAUGAAGAGCACAGACAACUGCUGGGCAAUCUUGUUGGAGAAACAAGGACACAAUCUUAUCAAGAAGCUCAUCGACAUGCUUGAUGACGAGUACUACAUAUGUGCUGUGGCAAAUCUAUUGCAUAAUCUUUGUGCAAACUCCAGAGACAAGCUGAUGGAGAUUGACCUUUGUGCAAGUGUGCAGCUGGAAUCUGCCCUGACAAAGGUGAUGCGAAUUAUAAUGACUAGUAAAGAGGGAAAACAGUUGGAGGCCGCACUCUGUGUCACUUCACAUAUUGGUUAUGUCAUCCCUAAAUGCUUUCGUAAGGUGCUUAUAUCAGAUACCGAUGCAGCAGCACUUGUUGAAAAGCUCGUGGACACUCUCAACUCCAACAAGGAACCACGUCCUGAGUACCCCAGGAUAAGAAGGGUCCUUGUUGAGGUGGUAAUAUCCAUUGUGCGUUUGUGUCCUGAUCCGUACAGAACUAUCUUCAGAGAAAAGAAGGCCAAGGACGCCCUGGACAUGGUCAAAGGAACUCCAUCCAGAUUGGAGAGGUACAGGGUCUUCAUCAAUGGCGAAGGAGUGCUCCCGGAGAGCUUACCUAUGCGUGGCCUAGUAGACAAGGCUAAAAAGCUAAUUUAUCGGCCAACCCCAACCACGAGUGCUGAACAAGCAGGCGAGCAUGCAUGAAUAAUCUUCAAGGUUUAUUGUAGUGUCCUUCCUCUUUAUCAAUGGUUAUAUGCAUUAAGGCUGUGGUCAUUCUGAAGUGGUAUAUGUGUAAUGUGUUGUAUUGUGAUUUGUUGGACUUGUAGCCAGACAAGCCAAUAUUUUGUGAUUCCGCACUCUUGGUUGAUUUUUCUUGUUAGAAAUAAAAUUAUACUCCCUCCGUUCUCAAUUA